AUGUCGUCUGCUGGCACCAUCUGGACCAUCCCCCAACAGGCAAAGGGCAAGCUCGUUAGAGCUGUUGCUACCUUCGCCGGGAUCAACUUUGAGCUCCCAGCCUCGUACACCCACUUCGAGACCAACAAGCAGCCCGAGUUCCUCGCUAAGUUCCCUCACGGGAAAAUCCCGGCCUGGGAGGGCGCCGAUGGCUUUACUCUCUUCGAGGGAGCCGCUAUUGCACGAUAUCUCGCUGCAUUGGCACCCAACUCCGGUCUUCUUGGUGCCGACCUGAAGGAGUCCGCAUUGGUCGAUCAGUGGGCCCACCUUGCCGAUUCGGAAGUUGAUACCAAUGUCGGCCUCAUCUUCCAACUAUGCAAGGGCAUAAUUACUCCUUACAACAAGCCGUUCCACACCACCGCCUCCGAGCGCGCUCUCCGCGCCUUGAAGACUUUGGACGCACACCUUCUCCACCACACCUUCUUCGUCGGCGAACGCAUCACACUGGCCGAUCUUACUGUCGCCAUCGCUGUCCAGCGUGCUGUCACCAUCAACGUCGACGCUGAAGUCCGCGCGCAACUCCCCAACCUCAUCCGCCAUCUCGAAACCAUCGCCAACCAGCCAAAACUCAAAGAUAUCUUCGGCCCUCUCGAGUACACCGACAAGGCCUUGCAGUACGUUCCUCCUCCCAAAGAGAAGAAGGAUGCGAAGCCCGCCGCCCCCGCCCCGAAGCCCAAGGCAGAGAAGAAGCCCAAGAAGGAGGAGGAUGAGGAGGAGGAUGAACCUCUCGUUCCCGCCGAGCCCAAAGUCAAGAACCCCUUGGACGACCUUCCCAAGUCAACCUUAAACCUUGAGGACUGGAAGCGCGCCUAUUCCAACAAGGACACUCGCGGUGCUGGCGGUGCCCUCGAGUGGUUCUACGAGAACUACGACAAGGAGGGUUACUCAGUUUGGCGCGUGGACUUCAAGUACAAUGAUGAGCUUACACAAACGUUCAUGUCCUCCAACCAGAUUGGUGGUUUCUUCAACCGCUUGGAGGCAUCCCGUAAAUACCUCUUUGGGUCCAUGGGUGUUCUCGGGGUCGCCAAUGACUCUGUCAUCUCUGGUGCUUUCAUCCUCCGUGGCCAAGAUUUCAAGCCCGUCGUAGACGUCGCCCCCGAUUGGGAGUCAUACGACUACAAGAAGUUGGACUUGGACAACGCUGAUGACAAGGCCUUCUUCGAGGCCGCUUUGGCCUGGGAUCUUGAGAUCGACGGCAAGAAGUGGGCUGAUGGCAAGAACUUCAAGUAA